AGAAACGACUACAGAAAGAACUGUUGGCUUUGCAAAAUGACCCACCUCCUGGAAUGACUUUAAAUGAAAAAAGUGUUCAGAAUUCAAUUACACAGUGGAUUGUAGACAUGGAAGGUGCACCAGGUACCUUAUAUGAAGGGGAAAAAUUUCAACUUCUAUUUAAGUUUAGUAGUCGAUAUCCUUUUGACUCUCCUCAGGUCAUGUUUACUGGUGAAAAUAUUCCUGUCCAUCCUCAUGUUUAUAGCAAUGGUCAUAUCUGUUUAUCCAUUCUAACAGAAGACUGGUCCCCGGCGCUCUCAGUCCAAUCAGUUUGUCUUAGCAUUAUUAGCAUGCUUUCCAGCUGCAAAGAAAAGAGACGACCACCAGAUAAUUCUUUUUAUGUUCGAACAUGUAACAAGAAUCCAAAGAAAACAAAAUGGUGGUAUCAUGAUGAUACUUGUUGAUGCCACUGUUAUCAUCCUCCUAGCAGAAGAUAGUCCUACUGAGAAAAAGAGCACUUUGAUCAUUCAGUCUUUGAACUUUAACCUUUGACUGGAAGUGACCUAUAGGCAAUGAAGACUACUUCCUUUUACUGCAUUUUUACUCGUGUGCAUUCUGGGCGCAUGUUGAUCGCUGGUUCAGUCCAGGCAACUGACAUGCUUUAUUAGUCAUACAGUAUUAAUGCAGGUGUCAGGAAAUGUCAAAUAUAAUUCCAUUUUUUAUUUUUAUUUUUUUAAGCUUUUGGAAAAGUUCCAGGUCCUCAUGUAUUGUGCAAUAACAUUGACUUCUUUGGCGGUUUGGGGACGUUCAUUGCCGGCAAUGGACGUUGUAACAGGAAAAAUUUUCAUUAACUCCUGCCACCCAGUGAUUAAUGCAUGAUAGGGCCUAUGAAAUGAACUUAUUGGUUAGAAUGGGAUUAUAAAUAAAGUGAGGGAUCCAACAUUACCUUGAAAGUCACCCCAACUGUUUAUAUUUGGUUUCUAUGCACUGUGAACCUAAGGUUAACAGCAUGAAUUAACAUGCGUCUUUAAAGGACUGUAAUGAAAGAUCAUUGCGUAUUUAUUGAAUUGUUUAUAUCUGCUGUCAAAUUGUUUUGACAUGGACAGUUUUCAAGUAACAUUGGCAGAGAGGUACAAUAUGUUAUCCCUAUGGUGAAAAUAAAUUCAUUUGUUGUAUAUAGUUCCUCAAUCUCUGAAGUCAAGGUAUGAGUAAUAUAGGGUAUGAAUGGUUUAAUCAAGGCUUUAUUUUGGAAGUAAGGAAAAUGGCAGUGAUGAUUAAACUGCUGCAGUCCAUAA